AUGCUCGUCUCGACCCGCCCGGUGUACCUGGACAUGCAGGCCACCACGCCGGUCGACCCGCGCGUCACGGACGCCAUGCUGCCGCACCUCACCUCGCACUACGGCAACCCGCACUCGCGCACGCACUCGUACGGAUGGGACGCGGAGGCCGCCGUUGACAAGGCCCGCGCGCAUAUCGCGGCCCUCAUCGGCGCCGACCCGCGCGAGAUCAUCUUCACCUCCGGCGCCACGGAGAGCAAUAAUAUGGUCGUCAAGGGUGUCGCCAUGUUUUAUAAGUCGAGGAAGAAACAUAUUAUUACGACGCAGACCGAGCAUAAGUGCGUCCUGGAUAGCUGCCGAUGGCUGCAGCAGCGCGGCUUUGAGGUUACCUACUUGCCGGUGGGGAAGGACGGCAUUCUUGAUUUGGACCAGCUGAGAGACGCCAUACGCCACGAUACCGCCCUGGUGUCGGUCAUGGCUGUGAACAAUGAGAUUGGCAUCGUGCAGCCGUUGAACGAGAUUGGCGAGCUGUGUCGGGAGAAGAAGGCCUUCUUUCACACGGACGCGGCCCAGAUGGUCGGCAAAUUGCCGAUCAACGUCAACGACAUGAACAUCGAUCUCAUGUCCAUAUCCGCGCACAAGUUCUACGGGCCGAAGGGCAUUGGCGCGCUGUACUUGCGUCGCCGCCCACGCGUGCGAAUCGAGCCGCAGAUGAGCGGCGGCGGCCAGGAGCGCGGCCUGCGCUCGGGCACGCUGGCCACCCCGCUGGUCGUGGGCAUGGGCGAGGCCGCGCGCAUCGCAAACGAAGAGAUGCACUACGACCUGCAGCGCGUCACCCACCUCAGCAACCGCCUAUACGACGGAAUCGUCCAGCGCGUGCCACAGGUCGUGCUCAACGGGAGUAAGGACCACCGCUUUCCUGGCAACUUGAACAUCAGCUUUGCGUACGUAGAGGGCGAGAGCUUACUGAUGGCCCUCAAGGAUGUCGCCGUCAGUAGUGGCAGCGCGUGUACAAGCGCCAGUUUGGAGCCGAGUUAUGUGCUCAGGGCCCUGGGUGUAGAUGAUGACAUGGCGCAUACCAGCAUUCGUUUUGGAAUUGGACGCUUUACAACGGAGAAGGAGGUUGACUACGCCAUCGACUUGGCCGCGAAGCAUGUCAAGCGGUUAAGAGAUAUGAGUCCCCUGUGGGAAAUGGUGCAAGAGGGCGUGGAUUUGAAAUCCAUUAAGUGGACGCAAGAGCACUAGCAGCGGACCGCUUAUAUAUAUAGUUUGUGUAGCGGUGGCGUAAAGGAGAGAGUGCCUGUGUGCUA